AUGGAGAGUGGUUUGAAAUCCCCUCGUUCACUUUCGUUUGAAGGCAACGUAGCCGAGAACUGGAGGCGAUGGAUUCAACAUUUUCGACUAUUCUUAAACGCAACUGGACGCGACAAGAAAUCGGAGGAGAUCCAAUGCUCAACUCUGCUGGCCGUAGCAGGAGAAGAUGCCAUGGAGGUUUACAACACCUUCGUCUUCGCAGAGGGUGAGGAAAACAAAAUAGAAACCCUCAUUAAAAAGUUUGAACUGUACUGUACGCCCAAGAAAAACGUGACAUUCGAGAGACAUGUAUUUAACACGAGAAAUCAAGAGCCCAACGAAAGCAUCGAUUCGUAUGUGACAGAACUGAGAAAAUUGGCCAAAUCGUGCGAAUUUGCGCAGCUCCAUGAUUCCCUAAUAAAGGACAGAAUUGUUUGUGGUAUCCAUAGCGCCGAAGUAAAAGCAAGAUUGUUGCGCGAAGAGGAUUUGACUUUAGACAAAGCCCUAAACAUUUGUCGUACUGCUGAGCUGAGUAAAACCCAAUUACAAAAUCUCGUCAACGGGAAACGAGCUGGGGAAAUCAACAUCAUACAUAAGAAAAAAGGAGGAACUGUACGCCAGCAUGGAAGAGAAUAUAAAGAUAGAGGCGAGGCGAGUUACGAGUACGAGAGUAGGAGUUCAAGGACUGAAAAGUACGAUUGUAAAAACUGCGGUUUAAAACACGGCCCCAUGCAGUGUGGUGCCAAAGGCAAACAAUGCCACAAAUGCCAGAAAUUUAAUCAUUAUGCAAGAAUGUGUUUGUCUGGCGGAAAACGAAACCCUAACAAGAUUAAUGCGAUUAAGGAAGUGUACACUUCAGAUUCGGAAGAGGAAUUUUUUAUCGGGACGAUCGGACAGGAAGAUAAAACACCAGCCGAGGACUGGAACGUUGACAUGGCAAUUAACGAGAAAAGCGUCAAACUGAAAUUGGACACAGGUGCGCAAUGCAAUGUCAUGCCACUUGACCUUUAUAAGAGAUUAACAAGCGAAAAAACUAGAAAAGCUAAAACAAAACUUGUAUCUUAUUCGGGACAUAAUAUACGAACAAUUGGAAAGAAUACGCUUGUAGUAACUUACAAACAACAGUUACAUCCAGUGGAGUUUCACAUCAUUGACCAGAAGGGAGCCAGUUCAGUGUUGGGAUUACCAACAUGUCUAGAAUUACAACUAGUGAAACGCGUCUACGCAAUCAACCCCGAGGGUCAAGAGAGCACAGACAAGUCGAGUGAGAAAGACGAGAGACAGGUGCCAAAGAAACGAUGGACAAUCAAAAACCAAAACCAAAGCUGCAAAACUCGUUGA